AUGGAGGAUCUGGUGAACCUUGCUCUCAGCGACUCACCACCCACUCCACCUACCUCCUCAUUUUCAAAGCGAGACUGGCGACCAAGCAUGGGUGGCCUCUGGGAGCCUCUGAGGCCAGAUUCCCCGAAUGGGGCAUCGUCAAAAGAUUCACUCCACGGAUUCAAGCCUAAGCCACCGAGACCAGUGGGUGCACCCCUGUCUCGCUCGCCACCAUCUACAUGGUCAUCUCAAACGACUGUCAAGAGCACACUUAGGGCAACAGCUGAGCCGUUCGAGGUGCGAAAGGGAUGCAUCAACCAGCAGCAUUCAGCUUCUGUCUCGAGUUUGACUUCAUUUACAUCGAAAUCGGCGCCUCGACCUACAGUUGUCUCGCCUGGGACUUUGACUAGCUCCGAGAAGAUGGACGGGCUCCAUUUUGAGUGGAUCGUGGAUAUUGGUGGAGAAAACAUUGUGACGGCCAGUGUCGUACCGAAACUCGAGAGCACGUCGACGAACGGUCUUCAAGCAGUGUGUCGGCUGAAUAGUCCCCCUCAGGGUAAUGCUACAUCCAGACAGGCUAACAGGAAGGUCUCCCAGGUUCCGGCUCCGCCGCGGGUCGAGGACAUGGCCCAAAGGUUCUCGGCCCUAUGGACCGCAUUUGAAGGCUUCGCGCUAGCAUUUCAUGACGACCUGAAGCGUCUCAAGCAGAACUCCGUAUCCCUACCCGAUAUCACCCAUGAGAAAGAGAUGAACUCGUCAGACCGUGUGGCAGAGCUCGAGCGAGAGGUUUUGGAGCACAAGGCCCUCGCUGUCAAAGCCUCCGAAGACCACAAGAUCUGCUUGUCGCAGCUUGAGGAGCUUUCGAGGAGAAAUCUGGAGAUGGGGGAUAAGCUCGACGCUUACGAAGCUAGGAUGGCGAAACCUCCAAAUAGCUCUACGUCGAGAGACAGGCGAAGCGUCUUUGUGAUGCGAGGCGAGAUGGACAUGUUUGAUCCGGCGCUUGUGGCACAGGGAGCUUUGGGUGGCAGAAAAACCUCAGCAGUCAUUCGAGACAGGAUCCAGUUCGCUUUCAACUUGAAUAUCGAUACCCAACAAAUCAACACGAUCACUAUCGUGCAGUUGUUUGUGACACUUCAAGCGCUCUUGAAUCAUCGAUUCUUGAAUUUCAUCAGGGGGUUUCAAGAGGAUCAUGACCUCAACAUGCUCUCCUUCUCUGAUCAUGAAGGACUCGCAAUCAAGGCUGAAGCGCUUGUGCAGUUCUACCUUGACCAACCCGACAUUGAUUGGGUAGUAGUCGGGUCCCGAUCUACGCAAGGAUUCGAGCAUCGCAGUGACAAACUCAAUGCAAUCCGCUCAAAGAUUGACCAAGAUCCAUUUGAUCAUCUCGGUGCCGCAAAUCUUAUUUCCGUGCCUGUCCUGUUCCUCUUUCAAGACAACGAGGAAGAGGAAGAGGAAGAUCAAGAUCACAUGUCAACAUCAUCACGGACAGCCACAACACGUGCCAACACUCCUGUCCCGCUCUCGAUUUUCCCUCAGGCCACUGGGGGCUCCUCAGCUCGAAGUCAACCACCUUGGCCACCGUCUCCUCCCCUCGAGAUCGCCUCACACCAUCCACCUUGGCAGAGAUCAGAUGGUUGCCCUACAGAGAAUGCUUCCGCAAUCGACAGUACCGUCAUGCGGACAGCUUGCUGGACCAAUAUUACUCCAACACGUCCCGACCCGUGA